GUGCUUCCCUGUAUGCUGCAUCCUUGGUACUUCCGCAAACUGUCACGGUGGCUGAUUUUUUAGAAAGGAAUAUCUACUUAUUGUUCAUUCAAGGUGCGUCUUUGGUCCUCUGUCAUCAUGACUUGGGUCUUCGUUUACAGCACUCUGAAGAAGGGGCAGCCCAACAACUACCGCAUGUUCGACAGCAACAAUGGAAAGGCCGAGUACCUGGGUUCGGCGUUCACCACCCAGAAAUACCCGCUAGUGAUCACCACCGAGUACAACAUCCCUUUCCUGCUCAACAUCCCUGGUCAGGGUCACCGAGUGCACGGGGAGAUCUACAAAGUGGAUGACCAGAUGCUGAAAUUCCUGGAUGAUUUUAAAAGCGUCCCAAUGUUGUACCAGCGGAUGGUGGUCCAGCUGGAGGUGAAGGAGUGGGUGGGGAAGACGGAAGGAGAGGAGAUGUCCCCGGGGAGCAUCACGGAGGUGUUUGUGUACACCACCACGACAUACGAGCCAGACUGGCCCUCGCUGCCGUGCUACGAGAGCUACGACUCAGAGGGAGCUCAUGGGCUCAAGUAUAAUAAGGAAGAAAAUCUAUAAAGGGACUGAUCUCACCGUGCUGACACAACUGACAAAGUUGCUUUUAUUUUUAUAAUUUAUCUUAUUGCUGUGCACCUAAAACAAUGCCCUGUAAACCUUUGUCAAAAAAAUGAAGCUGUAAUAGCCCAUCCAAAAAUGUGAUUGCAUAGAAGUCUGUGAGGAAAUUACCCAGCUGCUUACUUGAUUUAUGACCUCACCAAAGAGUUUCCUUAUGAGUGUGUGGUCUCAAUGCCAUUAAAUAAGACUUUUAUUUAAUGGCAUCUAGGUUAAGAAAGGCUUAGAGCAGGCGUGUCAACCAUGAGGCCCAGGAACCAGAUUCAGCCCGACAAAGGCUUCCAAUUUGGCCCGCUGGGUGGCUUUGGAAACUUUUAAAGCUUUUCACACUGAGAAAGAUCUCAGAUUCCUUUUAAUUCUUUUCAUUUACUACAAUAAAAAAUGGACUUUCACUGUAAAUAUGCAAUUAAACGAGUUUACACUGAUAGAAAGGCGAGUUUUACUGGUCCGGCCCACUUAAAUCAAAGCUUAUUGUAUGUGGCCUAUGAUGUAAAAUGAGUUUGACACCUCUGUCUUAGAGCAUUUAUAUCACACAGAUAUGAACUCUGAUGUGUUUAAUCGUUACAUUCCACUUGUCUUUGAUUACCUCUGAAAUAAAAAUUAAU